UGCGAAAGUGUUUGCAUGUUCUAUGUUCUCAUUCAGUCUGUUUCUGAUACUUUUCUGUGACUCAUGAUGCGAAUUUCCAUUUAAAAUCCCCAGUUUCUUUUCUUAAGAACAUGAAAUUGUUGCGCUGGAAUUACCCGAAAUCGGAGUCUUUGUGAAAUCAUGUGAUAGCUUAGUUUUAUUUAAUUAAUGUUGGUCUAAUUAAUAAGUGUUUGUUUCGUAUUAAAAUUUAUAUAAAAAAAAUAAGUAACAUAGAUAGCCUGUUUGGAAAAAUGGAUACCAGAGAAAAUAUUGACGGCAGUGAUACUGAAGACAGUACACCGUAUAACGAAAUGUCGAUGACUCGACCCAGUUUGGGAUCGCUUGGAUCAGAUGCAGACUACGAUGACGAAUUAGGUGUUCCAGGGUCAAUAAAAUUGCUCGACAUGGGUGACGGACCUGUAGCUAUUGAAAAUUCUGACGAUGAUCUCGAAGAGGAACACACAGAAAGUCUUCAUUUUAACACAGUAUUAAAUUAUAAAAAAUUUACCUCAUUCCAUCGAGAGGUUUUUAUACCAGGCCUCGAUAUAACAGCAGCAAUAACAGAUUAUGAAAGAAAUCUCACCACGCACAUGCUCAAUCCUAAUCUGUACACAAUCACUCUCACUCACAGCAAUUUUACAUGGCAAAUCAAGAAGAGAUACAAACAAAUCCAGCAUCUUCAUCAACAAUUAAUUUUGUUUAGGACCACUUUAAACAUACCAUUUCCAACCAAAACUCACAAAAAUAAGAGAAAAUCUCUCAAGAGAAGUAAAAAAUCUAAUGGCAAACGAAAAAGUGCCUUGCCCAGAUUUCCAAGAAAACCUGAAGUUCUGGUGUCCUAUGAUAGAAUCGGAAACAGAAUGAAACAAAUCGAAAGCUAUUUGAAUAAUCUACUUUCUAUACCCAUAUAUAGAACUCACCCAGCUACUAUAGAAUUCUUGGAAGUGUCUCAUUUAUCGUUUAUAGAAGGACUUGGUCUGAAAGGUAAAGAGGGUUCUGUCAAAAAGAAAACUGGCAGUACGCAUCCAGGCCAAUCUGGAUGCAACUGUUUCGGAUUAUUACAUUGGUUGUGUUGCGUGCGAUGUCAACACAUUUGCAACGAUCUCAUAUGCUCCAGAUACGUCAAACGAUGGUUUUUUAUAAAAGACACGUUUUUCGGAUACAUAAAUCCUGACAACGGUGUAGUCAAGGCUGUCAUACUCUUUGACCAAGGGUUCGAAAUUGCAACUGGUAUGUACGCUAUCGGUAUUCAAAACGGCUUCCAAAUUCAAACACUCAGUAGACAGAUUACGUUUAAAUGUUGGACCAGGAGGAAAAGCAAAGAAUGGAGCGAAAGUUUGAAGGAAGUCGCCUCUACUUUUGCUCGAGAAUUUGUCCAAUACAACCGCUUUCAUUCCUUUGCACCAAUCAGAAAUAAUAUAACUGCCUCUUGGUUCGUUGAUGGUUCUUCCUAUAUGUCGGCGGUAGCCGACGCCAUUGAAAAUGCCAAAGAAGAGGUCUUCAUUACCGACUGGUGGUUGAGUCCGGAAAUAUACCUGAAAAGGCCGGCCAUAGUUGGCGACUAUUGGCAGCUGAACAAAGUUUUGGAGAGGAAAGCUAACAGUGGAGUAAAAGUUUACGUUUUGCUUUAUAAGGAAGUUGAAAUGGCUUUGGGAUUAAACAGUUAUUACAGCAAACAGAAACUGACAGAAUCCUCUUCUAACAUUAAGGUCCUUCGACAUCCUGAUCACGCGAAAGCAGGAGUUUUGCUGUGGGCGCACCACGAAAAAAUGGUGGUAGUUGAUCAAACCUACGCUUUUGUUGGAGGUAUUGAUCUUUGUUACGGUAGAUGGGAUGACCAUAGCCAUAGAUUGAUCGAUUUGGGUAGCAUGACGCCCAGCGUUGACGUUUCAACUCUCAAGAAAAAGACAUCUAGCGUACCGAGUGGCGAAGCUUUCUAUCCGAUACCGGUACCAUAUUACAAACGGGCGACUCAUGAAGACGUACAAGAAGUUGAAGAAGAAAACGUUUGUCCAAAUCCCGACGUUACUAAUGGUCUACCGCAAUUAGAACCGGGUGAUUAUUUAAUGAUGCCUUGUAAACCUGGAAAGGUGAAAAUGAACACUCCACAACCAGAUAGAAAGCACGUAAUUUUGGACAAUAUCAAAAUCAAAGGGAAGGAAUUGAUGAAUUUGGUCUAUACCCCGCACGAAUUCGAUAAAGUUGAACCUGAAUCACCUCCAGAUGAAAAGGAUCAAAUCGACGGUCAAACGCCCGAACAAAUCAUCGAUAGUUUGGACGGGUCGGCGAAAUUAUGGUUAGGAAAAGAUUACGUUAAUUUUAUAGUGAAAGAUUUCACCAAUUUGGAAUCACCGUUUGACGAUUUUAUAGACAGAACCACCACUCCGAGGAUGCCUUGGCACGAUAUCGGGAUGUGCGUGCAAGGAGACGCUGCUAGAGACGUUGCCAGACAUUUUAUUCAACGAUGGAAUGCUGCAAAGUUGGAAAAAGCCAAAAAUAAUCUGACGUAUCCGUAUUUGAUGCCAAAAAGUUACAAUGGUUAUAAAACUUUGCCAAUAGAUUUUCCAAAUAAAACGCAUAAAGUGUCGUGCCAGGUUCUCAGAAGUGGUAGUUGCUGGUCAAUAGGAUUUUUCGAAGCCGAUACUGUCGAACAAAGCAUCCACGAGGCUUACAUCGAUACCAUCACCAAAUCUCAACACUACAUAUAUAUCGAAAACCAAUUCUUUAUAACUCUACCUUGCGAUAAUCCCCAUACUAAAAAUCAAAUCGGCGAAGCCCUCUAUAAGAGAAUAAUUCGUGCUCACAAGGCAAAAGAAGUUUUUCGCGUGUACGUGGUGAUGCCCCUUUUACCAGGAUUUGAAGGAGAAGUUGGUGGCCCUACUGGGACAUCGUUGCACGCUAUUACUCAUUGGAAUUACGUUUCGAUUUCACAAGGAAAGGACGCACUUUUGAACAGACUCAAAGCCGCCGGAAUUCACGAUCCGUCUGAGUACAUCACGUUUUACGGUCUCAGAAAUCACGCUUGUCUCAAUUCCGAACCUUUGACCGAAUUGAUUUACGUCCAUUCGAAAUUGAUGAUAGUCGACGACAAGACCGUCAUCUGUGGAUCUGCGAAUAUCAACGAUAGAUCUUUGAUCGGCAAAAGGGACUCGGAAGUUGCUGUCAUUAUUGAGGAUGAAACCUUCUUGGAUGGCGUAAUGAACGGCAAUGCUUUUCCGUGCGGAAAAUUUGCCGGUAGCCUACGAAAGCACCUCUUCAAGGAACACCUCGGCCUUUUAAAUAAAACCGACGAAGUUUUCGAUAUCGACGUUUCGGAUCCUAUAGCUAAACGUUUCUAUAAAGACGUAUGGUACCAGACAGCUAGUUUGAAUACGGAAUUUUACGAAAAAGUCUUCCAUUGCUUGCCUUCGGAUAACGUUCAAACGUUCGCGGAUUUAAGGAAGAAUCACGAGGAAAAGCCUCUGUGGAUCGAGGAGUUGUCUAAGGCAGAAAAAAUGUUGGAAACCAUACAGGGCCACAUCGUGCUGCUUCCUUUGAACUUUUUGAGCAAGGAAUAUCUAAUGCCUGCUGCUGGUUCUGUUGAAGGAAUGAUGCCUACCUCAUUGUGGACCUAAAAAUGUUUUUUUUGAAUUUGCACUCAAUCCUAAAUACACAAAGUACAAAAAACUCAUUGGUAAUUAACCAUAUUUUUAAGUAGAUUUUUGUACGAUAUACAAACAUAAUUUUGAUACUCCCGAACGUUUUAUAACGCAAUUAAUACUUGUAAUAAGUCAAUAAAUAUUAUUGUAAAAGAAAAAUCAUACCAAAUGAAAUUAAUAUCUGUAAAUUUGACCUUUAUUUUCGAAUUCAAUCAGCAAGAACUCAACAUUCGACGACGGCAAAAAUAUCUGAGAAAAAAUAAGAUAAAAAAUAAUAAAAAAAACAUGAAUAUCCUUGAAAAUAUUUUGUAUUUCUUUUGAAUAUAAGGAGGAAACCUAUACCAAUUCAAGUUUUGUCUCCUUCAAAAAAUACUGCACGUUAAAAAAAUAUUAAAAAUAGAUAAUUUUAGGUAUUUUAUUUUGACUAGAGAUGGGAACAAUUAUUACGAGUCAGAAAGUUAUAAAAUAACAAAAGUAUUGAAAUUGAUGUAACAGGAACAUUUUUUUUUGAAGAUUAGCGGGAAAUUUUAAUAUUGAAAAAAAUUUGUUUUAUAUUUUUUUAUGAUAAAAAUGUCAUUAUGGAUAUAUUUAAAAAAAAACUAGUAAUAUAUUAAUUUACGAGGGUCAUUCAAUAAGUAAAGAGACAAAUGGCUAUAGCUCAAAACCGGUUUAUUUCAAUCUUUCAAAAUUAAGGCUAUUUUUCAACAUAAUCACCCCCACAGUUAUGUAUUAGUUCCAUCUUUCUUGCAGCUUCCUAAUUCUCUUGGCGAAAAUUCUUUCGAUUUAAAAAUCAGAUGGGGCGAGGUCGGGACUGUAGGCAGAAUGAGGUAAGACCUCCCAAUUCAAUUCAGCUGGGCUUUAUGAGGGCAGGCGUUAUUGUGCUGAAGAAUGACUCCUUUUGACAAGAGUCCACGGCUUUUGCUUCUCAUAGCUAGUCUAACUUUGUGUUCUAGCAUCUCAGAGUAGUAUUGGCUAUUGAUAGUUCGCUGAUCUUCAAGGAAAUCGCAAUAGACUGGACCCUGUGAGUCCCAAAAGAUGGUCAACAUCACUUUACCGGCGGAAGGUUGAACCUUUAAUUUUUUGCGAACUGGAGAGCUAGUGUUUCCACUCCAUUCUUUAUCUUUUGGUCUCAGGGUCAUAGUGAUGGAUCCAGACCUCGUCGCUGGUCACUAUUCUUUCAAAAAAGCGUCUCCUUCAAUCAAACUUCGUUGCUUUAAGUCUUGACUAAUGGAAAGCCUUGAUUCUUUAUGAGCGUCAGUAAGCUGUCUGGGAACACAUCUGGAACACGUUUUUCUGUACUUUAAAUUGUUCUGAAUGACAUUGUGAACAGUUCCAACACUUACUUGAGCUUCCUCAGCUAUCAUUUCAACAGUAAUUCUUCUGUUAUCACGAAUAAGUCCGUCAAUCCUCGAUUCCAACGAGGGACCAAAAACUUCCACUGGACGUCCACCUCGGGGUUCAUCACCUACACUUGUUCGGCCACUUUUAAACCGAUCAACCCACUUGUAAAAAUUCGCACGGUUCACACAACUUUUACUGUACUGUAUCAACAUUCUAGAAAAAAUUUCACUUGGUUUUACACCUUCUGCGACUAAAAAUCUAAUGACUGAGCGCUGCUCUUCUAAGGUGCAAUCUUCUAGUGGACCUGCCAUGGUAAAUUGAAAAUUUUGAGGUUAUGUUGACAUAAAAUGAUGAAACAGCUGAUCAGAGCAUAUCCCAAGGUUGCCAACUAACACCCCUGAAAAGAUUGUACACAUUCAUUGAACAGUUUUAAAAUUGUAGAAUUUGUCUCUUUACUUAUUGAAUGACCCUCGUAAUUAACAAAAUUUCUCAAAGAAUCCUUUGCAUUUUAAUCGAUAAUUUCUAAUUGACUAAUUACUAUAUAAAUCGAACAAACUUGUAUUUAACAGUUUUUUAGUCAAAAUUUAGAUGAUUUGUAUAAAGCGAUUGUUAGUUUUAUAUAUUUAUGUUAUUUUUUGUACUUACCAUUUAAAUAUUUAUUUAUACAUUGAUAUUUUUUUAGUAAAUAUUUAAGUAUUAAAGAUGCUAGGCUUUUUAGGUAUUUAUAAGCUAUAAAUAAGCUACAUGCCAAAUCUUAGAAUGCUCAUUAUUGAAAUAUUUGCACAAAAAACGUUUUAUUAAAAAAAAUACGUAAUUAUUUUUACAUUCCCGAUAUGCAUUUAGAUAAAGGCAAUUUCACGUCAAUGUUUGAUAGAUUCUAAUUAAUUUUCCAAACGUCAUAGUCACAAAAAAUUUCAAAACUGACAAUUAGGCAUUCCAACGACCUGUCCAAAUGGCUACCAGUGGGUAAUGACAGUUUAGAUAUGGCAACCCUGUUGUCAUGUUGUCAUUAACAGGGUCAAUGAUACAUAUAUAGUUAUAUAGAUUGCUCAAAGCUGGUCGUUUACGAGCGGCCAUAUUGCCUGGCAAAUAUUUAUUAAUUUGAAUCGGUUUAGCAAAAAUGUGUUUUAAAACCAAUUUUUAGCCUUUAGAUAUUUAAAAAAAAAUAAUUGCUUACAUUUUUACUUCAAGACAUACGCUUAUGUUUAUUUUGAAAAAUAUGGAUAAUCAAUCUAUGUAACUAUCUAUUUCAUUGACUUUGUCAAAUCACCAGGUCUACAGGGUUGCCAUAAUUUUGCAAUAUCAUAACCCGUCAAAGCCCACUGGUAGGCAUUCAGUUUGGAAUGCCUAAUAUUAAUGAAAAAAUGACAUAAAAUUAUAGCAAACAUGUCAUUAAUAAUACAAAAAAUUGUUGUCAAUACUGACACAAUAAUCGUCAAUAUUAGGAUAAAAAUUGUAGAAUUCUUGUUAAAACGUCAAAGUCAAGUGAAAACAUAAAAAUACACGAUACUGCAAAAAUGCAAAAACGAAAAACGAUUAAAAAAUCUGUGACGUGAAGUGGGCUUUGAUUUAUACUCAGCAGUUUUAAAUAUUUCCAUAUUUUUUAGCUAUUGUGCCAAAUAUAUAUUAAAUUUACCCGGUUUGUUAGUAGCUUUUAUGAAAUGGUGCUUGUAAAAAUCAUUCUUUAAUGGUUGUGUUUUUAAAAUACUAAAAAUUUUUUUAUACCAUUGAUCUCAUUUUGUUCUUUUUUUUUAUUAUAUAUUUAACACCAUCUAUGUUCGACAUUACUUAAUU